AUGACUUUAUCAAAUCAGUCCAUUGUACCCAACAAAUUUCAGAGGCAUUUGCAACAACAUCACAAACAUGUUGUACAAAAACCUGCAGGUUACUUCAAGGGACUUUUACAAGAACAUACAAAAGCAUCUAGAAAAAUGCUAAAUCGUGUAAAAAUUUCUGACAGAGCCUUGAUUGCUUCAUUCAAAGUAUCCGAAUUAAUAGUCAGAAAUAAAGAAGGACAUACCAUUCGUGAAACUUUAUUAUUAUUAGCAUGCAAAGAAAUAGUAAACACCAUGUUCGGACCAGAAGCUGCUGAAGAAGUGUCUAAAAUUACAUUAUCAUAUGAACCUGUGAAAAGAUGA